AUGCUUUUCAAGCGCAGAAUUGUUCGUUCAAGUGCUGCCCUUGCACUUGGGAAGCUUAGUGCUCUCAGUACCCGGGUUGACCCUUUAGUUGGAGACCUCCUAUCGAGUUUGCAGGCUUCGGAUAGUGGGGUUCGGGAGGCAAGCUUGUCUGCUUUAGAAGGUGUCCUGAAGCAUGCUGGGAAGAGCUUGAGCAGUGCUGUUAGAACUCGUGUCUACUUGCACCUUAAGGAUUUGAUUCGUAAUGAUGAUGACCAGGUUCGAAUAUCUGCGGCAAGCAUUUUGGGUAUCACAUCCCAGUACGUAGAAGAUGAUCAACUGUCUGAGCUGCUUCAGGAACUCUCAAAUUUGCCGUUGUCUCUUAGCUGGUCUGCUAGGCAUGGCUCCAUACUCACAAUUUCAUCUAUGCUCAGGCACAAUCCAUCCGUUAUUUGUACGUCUCCAGAGUUUCCGUCUAUUCUGGACCAGCUUAAAAGUGCCUUGACUGAUGAGAAGUUCCCUCUUCGUGAAACUUCAGCCAAGGCAUUUGGGAGACUUCUGAUUCAUAAGUUCCGAAGUGAUCCAUCUAAUAGCUCAGUUCAUUCUGAUAUUAUAUCGUCCUUAGUGUCAGCUUUGCACGAUGAUUCUAGUGAAGUUAGGAGAAAGGCAUUAUCUGCUAUAAAAGCAGGUUCUAAGGAAAAUUCCUCGGCUAUUUUGGCUCAUAUGAAUAUUAUUGGACCCGCACUUGCUGAAUGCUUGAAAGAUGGAAGCACUCCUGUGAGACUUGCAGCGGAAAGAUGUGCUCUGCAUGCUUUCCAAUUGACAAAGGGUCCUGAAAAUGUUCAAGCUGCACAAAAAUUCAUCACAGGCUUGGAUGCUAGACGAAUAUCAAAGAUCCCUGAAAACAGUGAUGAUAGCGACAGUGAGGACUUGGCAAGUGGCUGA